UCUGUUUUGUUUUGUUUUGUUUCCUCUCCCCUUUCAAGCCUACAAUUCAUCGUUUAAAGAAAGCCUUAAACUUGUCAAAAACCCUAAUCCCCUCUUCACUCUCUCUCUCUCUCUCUCUCUCCCCCUUCGUGUUAUAUCAUCCUUGGAGAGACAGACAUGGACUUGACCUCCAACAAUAACCAAAACUUAGAUGCAGAUACUCAAGCCACACCACCAACCCAACCCACCAACAACAACACUUCAAAGUCUUUAUCUUUGACCAACGGCACACACAAGCGCCACCCCACAACCACUGCUCCGCCGCCACAACCACCGUCCAUGGUGGUUUCCUACAAGGAAUGCCUCAAGAACCAUGCUGCCAGCAUAGGUGGCCAUGCACUUGAUGGCUGUGGAGAGUUUAUGCCUCCUUCUUCCAUCAACCACACUGAUCCUCGCUCCCUCAAAUGUGCAGCAUGUGGUUGCCACCGCAACUUCCACCGCCGUGACCCUCAAGAACACUCCAAAAACCCCACCUUCCUCAGCUGCUUCUACUCCCCUUCAGCCACAGCACCACCACAACCACAACCACCAUUACCGUCAAGCCCUUCACCACCACCACUCUCACAUUUGCCACCUUCAUACCACACUUCAGCACCUCACAUGCUCUUAGCACUUGGCACUGCCUUUACCGCUCCCUCUGAUGAACAGCAUCACAGGAAUCUCAACUCAUCUUCACUGGUGAAGCCUGAGAAUCCAAGUGGGAAGAAGAGGUACAGAACGAAAUUCAGCAAGGAUCAGAAGGAGAAGAUGCAUAGCUUCUCUGAGAAAUUGGGUUGGAGAAUGCAGAAGGGGGAUGAUGGAUUGGUCCAGGAAUUCUGCAAUAACAUUGGAGUCUCUAAAGGGGUCUUCAAGGUUUGGAUGCAUAAUAACAAGAACAAUUUUAGGAAGAGAUCUGAAGAUGGAAAUGUUCCUCAAACUGAAAAGAUCAAUGGGGAUGAUGAUGAUGAUGAUGGUGGCAAUGAUGGUAGAAGUGGACGUGGUGGUGGUGGGUUUGAUAGUGAUAUUAACAACCCUUACAACACAAAUAGCAGCAACAAUGACAUUCACAGAAAUGAAGAUGGAUGUGUCGAUGUUCAUGUUUCUAUUAAUGGGUUGUCGUCUUAAUCUUCAUUUGUUGAGAAACUUAGAUAGAUGGGAACAAAGCUGUAUCAAUUUGGCCAUGUUCUUGAUCAUUUUUGUUUAUUACUUACUAUCUUUAUUUUUUUUUCUUUUUAAAUCAGCUAAGGCUAUAGGAUAAUUCAGUUGUCUUAGUUUAUAUUAUAAUGUCAUAUGAUGUUUAUUUCUGUUCAUAGCCCCUGAAAUUAGUAUCAUCAAGAUAUGUUUC